AUGUCGCUCAGUUCGCCGCUCGUGGUGCUGGCUUCAAUGCUGACCCAGCCGCCACAGGACGACCCGACCCGCGUUCCCCUGACCAAACUCACUCCCGACCAGCUGGAGCAGCGCCUCCUGUACAAAUCCUAUGUGCAGAUAUGCUCCACGACGGGAUCACCGGCCGACUCGCCCGUACUGGCACCCGGGUCGCCGGUGGACGGCGAGGCAGCUCCCCCGGACCAUCACGGCCACUACUACCAGCAGCAGCAGCAGCAGCAGCAGCAGCAACAAUACCAGGAGCAAUACCCCCCUGGCAACGUGGACUCCUCCUGCGUCGGAUCGCAAGUGGCCGCCCCGGGGCACCUGCCCCAGGAGCGCCCGUUUUUCAUUGGUCCGGGCCGGGUCCUGCUCAACAUUGAUGGGUUCUCCUCGAUGACCGAGCGCCCGGUGGCUUCGGCCACGCCUCCGGUGCAGGUGGCCGUCUUUGCCGAGUGCCGCUCCCACCGGGACUCCUUCAUCGAGCAUCUGGCCGACUGGCAGGAGAGCGUCAGCCAGUGCAAUUCCCCGGCCCUGGUUCCCGGAUCGCCGACCCUCAUGCCGCCAAGCUCCAGCUCGGCCGCGGUCAAAUCCUUGCCGUCGUCGGAUUCCCUGUGUCCGAUUAAGUUUCCCUGCGACUGGAACACCCUGGUCACCGUGCGCCUGGACACCGGGGCCCAGUAUCGUUUCCAGCAAGACAAACUCUUCCGCAACCUCCUUUGCUACUCCCCCUCGCUGAGCGGCCGGCGGAUGGCCCUCGUGCGAUCUAUGGACCUGGAGCUCUCGCGCUUCUCCAUCCGCCGCACGCUGGCCUGCCACAUGCUGGAGAUCCAUCGCGCACAGGAGGGCACGCCCGACGGGCGAGCCAGUGCCGAACCCCUGCGAUGCCUGGUCUCCCCGACCAACAGCCAUCCGUCCCUCAGCCACCCGGACCUGCCACGCAUGUUCCUCCCCAUCCAGCGCAAUGCCAAGUUGCUCGGCCUCUUUUGGCACACGGAGCAGCUUCUCUGUCUCGUCACCGAUACGGGGCUCUUCAUGCUCGAGCCCUCGGCCAAUGGCAAGGACUUGACCGUUUUCUCCAAGAAGCAACCCUUCCCCCUGCAGGCCAAUUGGUUCAAGUACAAUCACGACGCCCAUCUCCUGAUGCUAGCCUCUGGGGAAUUGUCGAAUGUCAUCAGCUUUUUCUUCAUCCAACAGGGGAAGAUCACUCCUCUGCCCCCCCUGACGCUUGAGGUUCCCCCCGCCCAGGCAAAGGGCCAGCGCUCGGCCGAUCGCAGCGUCCUCCCAGAUGAGCUGACGAUUGCUCUGCUCUACAACUCCAUCUAUCUCAUCUACAUGCGCCGUCGUGACCUCAUCGUCUUUCGAGUGACCCUCAACGAAUGCAAGCAGAUCAUCUCCUUCCCUGUCGUCCAGCAGGGGCCCCUCUCGCAGCCCGGCAGCCUGGAUACCUUCCAGACCGGCCAGGCACACCAUCUCCACCCGGAGCCCAUGUCCCCAGGUUGGGCCCCGGCGCGCGCCAUCAACAGCGACCUGUCUACCAUGUCCCUGAGCGCCCGGGCCUCGAGCACCUUCGCCUCGCUGGACCUGCCUGGUAGCGGCCAAGCUGCCGGGUUCGGCCCCGGCGGCGAAGAGGACAUCCCAAAUGCCGCCUCUGGGGAUGGGCAUCUGCUUAGCUCGGUGGAUUCGGCAUGGAAACGCCUUUGGGACUUGCCACCCUGCUCGGCGUUCGCCGGGAACCUUAUCCCCGACCCGGACCUCGGCAUCAAGAUCAUCCCCUCGCUCGGGCUCAUCUCCGACACCUCGGGGGCCAGUUCUCCCGGGCUCUCACGCUCUCCGCUGUCCAUCUCCCUGGUGGAUAAUCUCAUUUGCGUACAUAACCCCGAGCGCCAGUCGGCCAUCCUGCUGGACGUGCGGACUUUCAGCGCCCACAACUUCAUGCUCGACACCGAGUCUCUUGGAUUUGUGCCGGCCACGACGCCGGGGCAGGCACAUCCCCGCGAGAACCCCAACCUCCAACCCGGCGUCUUUGCCCCGCAAAUCUAUAACUCGGUCCUCCGAUUCUUCGUGCCCAACAUUAUUCUCAGCAAGUCCUGUCUCUGGCGCUUGAGCAUCCACCUGCCGCGCUUCCAUCUGACCUUCGACCAGUUCCACUGCUACGCCGAGGAGUUCCCCCCAAUCAAGGUUUUGCUGGAGUUCCUCCUCCGCCGCGCCAACUCCCGGCCGUAUGUGAUCAAUCUCCUCCGGCACUACAUCACCCAGAACGUCCGCCUUGAGGUGAUUGGCGAGCUCUUCGACUUGAUCAAUUACGUGGCUCAGCAGUAUUACCAUGAGAACGCUCUCCGCCGCGCCGUACACACGGUCAACCAGCGGAUGGAGUCUUCGCUGCCGCGUGCUCCGCAGCUCCCCGCCCAGCCUUCUCCCUCACAACAAAGUGCCCUGCUGACGGCCCACACGCCGGAUAUCCCAUCACCACUGUCGAUGUCAUCCGGUGGCAGUCGCAGCGGCAGCGGCGGUGGCAGCGGCAGCGGCAGCGCCUCCGGCCUCCCGGGCAGCAGUACAUCCCCCUUCCGGUCUGGCAGCGGCUCUGGCGCCGGCACGGCGAUGCCCUCCGGACGACCCAUCCAAUUUAUGCCAUCUCCCUUUGGGGGCCCAGGGUCACCGGUUCAACGGCGCUCUCUGUCCACCAUCGGCCGCUCCAUCAGCCGGAACUCCACGCUCCUUUCGGAGCCCACCACGCCGACGCCCAGCACCAAUGGCAACCAUUCCUCCCCGGCCGGUGGCGAGGUGUCCCCCUCGCCCUCGCUCUCGCCCUCGCCUUCGCGGUCGCCGACGGCCGCGCAGCUGGUGGCCAGGCAGCGCGUGUCGCCGGCCGGCGGCCCGGUGGGCUUUUUGACCCCGGAAAAGGGGUCCAGUGUCUUGUCAUUGAACCUGCAUGCGGAGCCGCCGUCGCCCUCUUCGCAGACCAUUGCCUCGGAUUUGCGCCUCGUGGCCCAGGGGGUUGGGGAUUUGACCUCCUCUAACGUCACCCGGGCAAUCUCCUCCGGGGUGACGCCCCUGCCGAACCCGGUGGCCAGUCUCAUUGCCUCGGACCUGGAAUCCGGCCCGCAGCCACCAUCGCCCUUCGACGAGCCGGUGGUCGAAACCCGGAACCUGGAGGGAUCGCUGGUGCUGAGCCAGGAGGACCUCUUCCGAGAUGUGUUGCGUUUCCUGGACACCGAGGCCGGCGGGGCCGGGCAAAUGGCCGAUCCGGUGGCCGAGCAGCGCCGGACCACCUUCUAUGCGGCGGUGCUGCUGGAGCUCAACCGGUCCUUGCGAACGCACAAUCUGACCAUCGAGCACUCGACGUCGCUGGCCCUGCUGGAUGCGCUGGUCCGAUCGGGGCAAAUGAAUGAGCUGACCCAAAUGCUCCAGUACAUGGCGCUGCCCGAUUCGGAGCCGCUGGCCGGGCGCCUGCUGUCGCUGGCGCCCCGGCAUCGGCCGCUCUUCCAGAUGGCAUUGGAUAUUUACAAUCGCCUCGGCCGACAGGAUCUCAUCAUCCAGGUCCUCAUCGCCAAGGGACGCCUCGCCGAGGCCCUGCGCUUCGCCGUGAAGCAUGCUCACCGGCUCUUCCCCAACCAGCUUGACCCGAAGGGCGUGGUGGCCGGGUACUUCGGGGGCGAGCCUCUGGCCUUGUCCACCACCAGCCUCGGGGAGUCCCUGCCGCAGAUCAGCUUCAAUCCGUGCAUCCUGCUGGAUGCCGCGGUGGCGGCCAUCGCCGAGGCUCGUGAGGACCUCCAGCGCUUCCGCCAAUUCGAAGCGGCCGAACGCGCAGCCAUGCUGGCCGGGGAGCCGCUGCCGCCGGCGCCGGUCCCUCCGGCUCCGGCUCCUGGGGCGGACCCUGUGACCCCCGAUGCGGCGGCCCGGCUGCUCAACCCGAUGGUCCUGAAGCGGGCCCUCAUGGAUGCGGAGAUGGUCUUCUUUAAUGCCUGGGAGUUCACCGAGCGCCUGGCUCUAUCCAAUCCGUCGAUCGCCUUGCAGCUGAAGGUUUACAAGAACUACGAGCAGAUGGUCAAGGAGAUUUUCAGCCCGCGGCCGUCCUCAUGAGCAACAGGGGGCGAGGCUAGCAGGAAAGGCCGCGCCUCGGGU